UAACACUUCUUAAUACCUCUUGAUUUUUCUCUGGUGUUACUAACCCUUCAAAACUCAAUCCAGGCUGUUAGUCAGAAUUCGUCUGGGACGGGAAGAUGGUGCAGAAAGAUGUCAUCCAGAAGGCGGAGGAACUGGUGCAGAGAGCCAUGAAGUCGAACGAUGCAUCUCAUGAUGCUGCACAUGCAUUCAGAGUGCGAGACCUCGCUCUUUCUCUCGCCCGCGAAGAAGGCCUCUCUUCCUCUCCCGACUCCAUGUUGACUGUGGAACUAGCUGCUCUUCUGCAUGAUAUAGGUGACUACAAAUACGUGAGGGACCCAUCUGAGGCAAAAAUCGUAGAGGAAUUCCUUGACCAUGAAGGGAUAGAGGAUAGCAUGAGGAUAGAUGUUUUGAAGAUCAUAAAAGGAAUGGGGUUCAAAGAAGAACUUGAAGGUCAAACAAAUGGUAUUUCUUCACUGGAAUUUCAGGUUGUGCAAGACGCAGAUCAACUUGAUGCAAUUGGUGCCAUAGGAAUUGCAAGAUGUUUUACAUUUGGUGGAAGCAGGCAUAGCGUUCUUCAUGAUCCUAAAAUUCUUCCCAGGUCAGAUCUUUCCAAGGAAAACUACAUGAACAAAGAUGAGCAGACAACUAUUAACCAUUUUCAUGAGAAGCUUCUCAAGUUGAAGGACUUGAUGAAAACUCAGGCUGGGAAGAGGAGGGCUGAAAGAAGGCACAAAGUUAUGGAAGAUUUUCUUAGAGAGUUUUAUGAAGAGUGGGAUGGCAAUGCUUGAACAAAUCCAUGUUUUUGAAUGUGUAUAACUUUUGCAGGUGUACACAUAAGAAAUACUUAUCUCAACCUUACUGACAGUUUGGACCAGGAUGGACUGCAAGUCCACAGCUGGAUUAGUUUUGGAUUGUUUGAUGUGCCUCUGAACUUUUAAAAGCAUUUCAAUGUUAGAUUGCUAAUCCUUUCUCUCAUGACUUUUGGAUAUGUUCGGUUUGGUUUGGUUUGGUUCGGUUUGGUUCGGUUCAUUACCAUGCAUAGAGAAAGAAGGAUGGUUUCAUAUUUGAUGUCCA